GGAUUUCAGCAAGUCUCAUUUAUUUACACGUUAGGAGUGGAGAUUUGAGGCUUGUGGGGUGAGAGGAGGGUUUUUUGUUUUUUUGGUGUGGAGAUUUUUUGAAUCAGCACUGAGUCAAUUAGUUCAUUUUGUGUGAUUGUGCAUUGUUAGAAUUUGACAUGGGCUGAGACAUUGUGAAAAGUGUAUUUUCAAACUCUGAACAUAUGCAUGUAUAUACAUGCAUCUGGGAAGUCCUUAUCCCAUACAUUCUCAACUGAACAAACACAGUAAUGCUUGUUAUACUAUCUAUCCAGCUAAUUGAUGACUUACCCCUAAGGCUUACGCACGUUGAAUUUCCCAGUACACCCAGAACAGGACAUGCUCCAGUUUUCCAUUGUUGAUGUCCGAUCAUCAUUUUGUUUUGGUAUAGGGAAUGGAAUGUCAAGGAAAACAUUGCCAUUGGGCAGAAUCAGGGUAUUUUGAUUCUUGGAUGUGUGUAACAACACAUGGAGAUGAGCCUGAGUGAUUCAGUGUUCAGGUCCAGAUUCAAGCGUCCGGAAAGUUUGAGGCAUUCACAUCUAAAAAUGUUUGUCCUGUAACAGAGAAAGGGUCAAGUCCCAAAGUUUGCAUUUGGCACAAAACUCCCCCCGAAAUCUGGAGGUGUUUAGAUUCAGGAGUUUAGUUUGGCUGACCACCCUCCAGCUAAUAAAUAAACCAUAAAGGCUAAUGAUGAUGAGCCCUUAAUCUAUUCCACAUACAAAUCCAUCCUACCUAGUCAUAAUGGUCAAGAAUCCUGCAAUUUUCUGUAAAACCUGGAUUUCUUCAGUUCCAAGCCCCCUCGUGCACCCAUUAAAAUCAGAGCCAAAGCUCCCAUUGGCGUUAAUGAGAGUGGGAUCUGGCCCACAUUUGACCAUUUCUCCCUUGCAGUAGUUUGCCUUACUGACAUUUUCUUCUCUUCUAAGCACACAAGGGAGGCCUCUGCUGGUCGCAAAAAGCCUUACAUGGCUCUCAGUGACUUUGCUUUCACUUUAUUUACUAGUCAGUGACCUCUCUGUUCAUCGAAGCAGGGAGACAACUUUUUCCCAGUUUUACAUAUUUCAGACAUAAUAGGAAAGCCGUGAAACCCAUAGACGAUGCCCUACAGGACGUAUCAGUCUUACUGUGAUCGGCUGAGGCAGGACAUGUACUUUCUCACAAGCAAUGGCAGACUGAGUGAGCACCUGGUUGAUAAAAUUAUUCUUCAGCUAAACAGAGUUUAUCCCCAAAUUCUCAACAAUAAAGAAGCAGAAAAGUUCAGAAAUCCAAAGGCAUCGCUUCAUAUUCGGUUGUCAGAUCUUAUAAGCCACCUACAAAAGAAAGGAGACAAACACUGUCAAGAAUUUUACAGGGCUUUACAGAUCAAUGCUGAACAACUGUAUAAUGACUUGCCAAGCAGAAAACUCCUGAAAACCUCAGCUUCCACAGGGAUAGACACAGACAAGGAGAAACAUAUUCUAACUGACAGGGGUCCCAUGUUCUUCCUUGCUUGCUUUAGUGUUGCUGCAGGAUUAGCAUUGUUCAUGUACUGCUGGAACCCAGAUCCGAAAGUUAUAGGAGGAGACAAGAAAAUAUUGGGAUUUUCUCCUAUUAUCAUAGGAAGACAUGUUAGAAAUAUUUGUUUGGUAUACAUAGAAGAUACAUCAAGGAAAAAUUAAGGAAAAGCUGCUUCUUCAGUCUUCUGUACAGUAUACCUGCCAACGGGAAAACAAAUAUAUAUACACACACUAUCUAUUAUACCAAAGAUUUAGGUAACUGGCUUUAGCAGUAAAUAUGCUGCUUCAAGGUGCUUUCAAAUGGUCAACUAUAUAUGAACUUGUGGAAAUGGAUCAUUAUUUUUGUAAAUGCUUCUUUUAAAAUACUUACCAUUUGGGUAUGAAUAUUUUUAAUACACACCUUAAAAGGUUAUUCUAAGCCAUUAUAGCUCUUAAGCCAUGUUUGUGUAUUUGUGUUUUAUACUGGUGUAGAGGAGCACAGCAGUUUAAAGGAUGUAAUUCUCUCUCUUUUUACUGGUUUGGUUAAGAAUGACACUUAAAAAAACCAAAGCCUUACUAAGAAAUGAUCUUUUGUGUCAGGAUUGUUCAUUCCCAUCUGUAUUCUUUAUACUACAGGAGUAUAUGGGCACUGUCCCUACAAGGCUCAUCACUAGCUGGUUCAAUUUGUGUGUAUUCAAAACCUUGCAAGGUUUCCUGACUGCCGGGUUCUGAAAACUGUCUGUUAUCAUUGUUAUAAUACAUUGAGCAAGGGUAGUCUUCACACAAUGACCCUUUGACUCUAUGGGAUGGCAGAACUAUCAAGCUCUUGAAGCUACCAAGUAGGGUUCUCAGAUUUACAUAGUUCGUUCCUUUCCAGGAAAGUUUGUUAGUUUUGGUAUAGCCAGGGAACUGAAGUAAUGCAGUAUAUUUGACAGGGACUUCAGAAAUAAUCAAAGCUGCAUGACAUGCUUUUGUUUAUGUCUGAAAAGAUGUAUUUGAACAUGAAGUACUGUAAAAUUUCCUAAGGUGACUUGAUCACACGUUACAUUGUUUCUUCUGUGGGUAAAAUCCUGAAAAACUUGUGAAAGUCUUUCUUAACACAUCAAGAGUUGGUGUCAGGCUAAAGCAUGUAUGGGAAGUACAGGGAGCCAGGACUGAAAAUAAGAUUUGAGGGGGAGUGGGGAGAGGUUGUUUUAUUUUGCAUUUUGGGCCCAAUCCUGCUCUCAUUGACAUCAGUAGGAAUCUUCUGUCCUCCUGCUCCUUCUCCCUGCCUGGGGUCCUGAACCUGGCUACAAAUAGUGACAUUCACAAUGGGUGGGUUCUCUCAUGACCUACUCCAGAGUAUAAAAGAAACUGGGGAUAUCCUUCCCCAAACUGCUUGGUAGGGCGAUCUCUGCAUCAGCCCCACCUUCAUGGGAUGGUUUUGCCCAUCAAUUGAUAUUCCUUUGUUUUGCCAUUCCUUGAUAUUCCUGUGUAUCCUCAUGGACACAGUUAAUCAUAGUAACAGGUAUUGGCUUUCUGCGUUUCUGAUUCUAGAGUCUUUCAAGGUUCACCCUCAAGUACCCCAGUUUUAGGGCUUGUCUACACAGGAAAGUUAUACCAAUAUAAGAUAAGGUGUGGAUUUAAAUCACUAUAGUUAUGCCAGUAUAACUCCUGGGUGGACACUCUUAUUUUGGAAUAAGAGUGGGAUUUUGGGGUUUACGGGAAUUUAUGUCACAUUAGAAAGGGUUGAAGCUAAACCAAAGUUUAAAAAAAAAGUCUCUCAUUCUGGAAUAAGAGUCUCCCCAGGGGGAAUUGUACUGGUAUAACUAUGGUGGUUUAACUAUACUGGUAUAAUUAUACCAAUAUAAUUGGAAAAAGGUCUUGUGUAGACAAGCCUCUAACUGUGAAAUUUCCCACCCCCGGAGAACAGGUUUCUAGGACUACCCCUGGAUUAUGGCUGCAUCUUAGGGCAAAAUGUCCUGUUUCACCACAUUUAUAGCAGUCUCUCCCCAGUCCCAUCUUUCUGAAAAAUGGAACAAGUCUGAGAAACCGCUGCCCUUAUGGCCACCAUAUGAUAGGGCCCAUUCUUUCCAAUGUGGUAAUAUAAGUUUCUAUAUUGUCUCCUGGCAUCAGGUGUGUCAUCUCAGGGCCUUUCCACACUGGAAUCUGAUAGGAUUUCGUCUCUUUAAGAGCCUUGAACAUUGCAGCCCUUUCUUCGUGUGGCUGGGCCCUCCCUGUUCUGUUGAUCUUUCUGAAAUCUCUGGAACUCUUCAGCCUGUGGCAUGUCAUCUGUCUGCUGCCUCCCUUCUGUCCCAGCCCACUGAACAGCGAGCCAAUUUAGUGUUGCCCUCACUUGGUCAGGUGGGUCACCGAACAAUCUUGUCUUUAGUUUAGCAGCUGUCCCUAAAGGACUCAGGGCUUAUACUUCAUCCUGUUCCUUAACUUCUGGUCUGUACCUAAGGGUGGAUAGACAGGAUUCUUGGUCUAGCUCCUCCAGCAGCCCCAGCAAGCAUCUCUUCUGACAUCUUGAUGGGUAGAUGUCCCCACCACCACCCAGAGAGUAGUAAGAAGUUAUACAAAGGUCCUUUCACUGGGCUGUUUAGUUUUGGACUGUAAUCUCCAGUGCUUUGAUUUAUACUUUCCCCUUCUCGAAUGCAAAGUGGACUUUUUCCCAUGUAGAGCUUAAGCAACAUCCCAUGCAUGACCCCCUAGCAAAGGGCCUGGAUGAAUGGGUUGGCUUAUAUAACACUAGUGCUCCAGUCAAUCAGCUUGGGAGGAGAAAAGGGCUGGAGCAGCAAUAACCAACUAUCUAACCAGUCAAAACACAUCCCAGGGGUUAUCAACAUUAACAGUUUGAUUAGGCAGAUCUUAGUUAGCACCUACUGGCUAGUUCUCCACCCCCCUACCUCCUUACGGACUGUCUGAUCUCCUCUUCCCACCAUUUGAACAGUUUCCUGUGGUCUUAAUUGGCUUGCUUAGUGCAGUCCUUCGUGUCCUCUUGUAAACAAUACCUGGUUCCCUGGUGUGUGGGUAUUUGGGCUAUAACCUCCCAAACUUAUCAACUAAACCCUGAAGGAAGACGGGGGGGGGAAGCCACCCAACAGAAACCUGGCAGCAUCUUCAGGUAUUUGACUAUCCUGUCACAUACACUAGUCAACAUGCGUGCCCACCAAUGGCUAUGGCCCUGAUCCAGCAAGGGGUGUAAGCUUGUGCCUAACCUUAAGCAUGUGAGUAGUUCCAUUGAUGACAGUGGGGCUACUCAUGUGUUUAAGUGCCUUCCUGAGUUGGGGCUUUUACAAGAAAAUCUAAUUUUUUCCCAGUGUCUGAGUUUCAGAGCACCCUAAGAAGGUAGUAAUGACAAGAUAGUUUAUACCUAAAAAUUCAUCUGACUCUUCAGUCUGAUCAUCUUACUCCAAAGAGAACAACCCACAUUAUCCUCUUCGAAACAACUGAUCUUGUAAUACAUUGUUUCCUUCCAAGACAAAUGUCACAAGAGGCAAUAGCAGGCUUGGGAGGAGAGGGAAUCACAGGACCAGAUUUCUGAAUAACAGACCCUUUUUGCACCCUCAACAUAUUUGUGACCAAUUGAGGAAGGGCUGAAAUAGGGCCCAAAAGGGCCCCAUUUCUCCCCCUGCUGACGUCAGUGGGAGUUUUUCCAUUGCAGUGGAUGGGAGAGAAGCCAGUCGUAACUAGAUAGCAUUGUUUGUCUAUUAAAUUUCUAAAACUCUGUGUUUUCAGUGGUUUAACUACAUUAACUUCACUAGAGGAGCUCCUCAUUUACAUACAUAUACAGCAAUGUCAGGAGCAGGUCACAGGACUAUUUAAAUAUAUAGCAUAAGAUGGACAUGAAUAAAGAUUCUAUGCAAAUGAAAUAACAUCAUUUGUCCUUACCCAGCAGAACAGUAUGUUUAGAUGUUUUUUCUUCCAUCUGCCCCAUCAUCUCUCAUGUCUAUUUCAUACAGGGUCAGGGAAUCUUAUUAUAGGGAUAACUGUGACAGUGCUUGCAGCAUUAACUGUAGAAUUACCAUGAUAAUGUCAUCAAUGAGCACAACCCACAGCUCUGCUGCCAGAGUUGCACACUGAUCCAGCAUUGUGCCUACCACCAAGUUGGAAAGUGCUUUAAUUAUAUUCUGUUCUUCCCGUGUCUUGCCCUGUAGGUAAAGUCAGAGCAAUUUUUUUCCCCAGCACACCAUCUCUAAUAUAUAACAUCAAAAACCAAAUGUGACUCUCCAUGUGCUGCUUAAAUCCAGCAGGGGCUCCUCUCUAAGGAAACUGAAAUGAAACGCUUCUGAAAUGUAAAAGGGUUUUAAAUCUUCAUGCCAAAACUGUAUUGGAAACCUCAUUAGAGUGAGAUGAUUUCUAUUUAUAGCAAAAGCACUGUCCAAAACAGAGUCCUCUCCAACAGCCACAUCUCAUUUUAAUGCAAAUACAGCCUUGUUACUAGUAAUUAGCUUCUCUGUGUCUAGAUUAUCCAACCUAGUAUUCCCUGGACAAAAAACUUUAAAUUGUGAUUUGUUAUGAGUUAUUGUUGAAAUCCUACAGGGAGAAUUAGCAUCUCGUACACUUUGAAGGCCAGAUUCUGCCACACUUGUAGUAUACUCUGCCAGCAAUCCCACUGAAAUAUCCCUGGAGUACUCAAUGUAAGCAUGGCAGAAUCUGCUCCUGAUAGGGGUUAGGGCCCAGAACCUCAAAACUAUUUAGGUGCCUGACUCCCAUUGAAAUCAGAAGGAGGUAGGGGCCUAAAUAAUUUUAAGGAUUUGGGCUGGGU